AAAAAACUUCCUAUAAAAGCAGAGGCUGUUAUAGCAGUAAAUGGGUGACCAACUCCAUAUUAAUGCCCCCGAUUUUGGAAUUAGAUGUUCAACGAGCAUACUUUUGGUCAUGUAGUGUAUAUCAGAGGAUACUUAACUAGCUUUACAUACGUAACGUUUUUUUGGCAUGGAGUCAUGAUUAUAAAACGUUACAUAUGAAAACAGAUUUCAAAAUAUUCAAAGCGAGUCGUCAUCUCACCGGAAGUUACACGCACAAAAUAUGUGACACUGUAGUUAGUUCUGGAACACCAGUCUUUUUUAUUCCUACGAAGGUCGAUUAGACAUAGGCACAUUAGCUACUGUACUGAGUCGUUUCUUCAAACACGAAGGAAUUUUCUUGUUAUAUUUCACUAGCUAGCUUUAACAAUUGAAAAUGCCAAGAGGAAGCAGAAGCCGGACGUCAAGAAUGGCCACUCCAGCCAGGGUAGCCCCACCGCCACCUCCCAUGGCCAGGGCUGCACCCCAACCACCACCCUACGCUCCAGUGCCUGCCCCCCCACCACCACCCUACGCUCCAGUGCCUGCCCGUCCCCUGGCUGCCCCAGCCACUGCUGCUCCACGGCAGCCAGGCAUGUUUGCGCAGAUGGCCACCACAGCCGCUGGGGUAGCCGUUGGCUCAGCCGCAGGGCACAUGAUCGGCCACGCAAUGACUGGUGGAGGCGGGGGAAGCCAUGAGGCUGCCAAGCCUGAUGUCACCUACCAGGAGCAGCCCCAGCAGUACCAACAGCCACCUUCCAUGUACCAGCCAGCACAGUAUCAGCCCCAGUCCAUGUUCCAGCAGGAGCCUGCUGCACAGCAGGGAACCUGCUCCUACGAGUUCAAGCAGUUUGAGUGUGCUCAGACCCAGAGUGACCUGAAACUUGAAGGCUUCAGCGAGGUGCUCAAGCAGUGCAAGUUGUCCAAUGGGAUGUCCUGA